CUGCGCAAAGUCGGCAAACCGACUGUACACAUCACUUGCCCACUCUAUCCGUUAUUAUGUCUAUGGCGGAGAGGAGAUUAGUGGUCGCAAUCGAGACGCGAACACCAAUCGACGUAUCGUCGAGUGAUUUGUUCAGUAGCCAACUUCGGGGCGUCGGGGAAAGAUCAAUUAUUCUCAACAGAAAGAGGCACGUCUCGUUCGUGUCAACAUCAGCUGUCGUUUCGCUCUCGUGUGAAAUGACAGUUGUGCCGAGGAUGUGUCCACCAAUUCGGUUGAAUAAUAAUCACGUGCGUGAGUGAGAGAGCGGCAUCAAUCCUGUAAAUCGGAUAUUACAUCCAAAACGAGGAGGAAGAUCGCGAACGAAUAAGUAAAAGGUGUGUGAUACCUAUAAAGCUGCAGAAAAAUGAACGGGAGUCUGGAUAUGAUUCGGGGUCCGGAACAGCACCCGUCCCGAUUUGCGGAUUACUUUGUCAUCUGUGGAUUGGAUCAGGACUCGGGCCUGGAGCCGGACAGAUUUUUCGGCGACUCGCUGCAAUCCACACCCCUCGACAGAGCUUACAAAGGGACAGUUCUGGGUCACUACCCGGACUCCGUGCCCUGGAACCACUUUGACAAGCACGCUGUCUGCAUGCUUUGUUUACCCAGCGGCCUGAGGUUCCGUACCCAAAAGCACUCUAUCGAACCUUCAUUUCACUCGUUUGUACUCACCAAAGAAGAUGGCCAUCGAACCUAUGGUUUCAGUCUUCUGUUCUACGAGGAGUGUCGCAACAAAAAAAUAUGCCAUGCUAUGCAGACCCUUCAAUCUAUGCACAUCACCGAACUGAGCAGCGGACAGAACGGCACUCCACCUAUCCCCAGGAGAGGACAAGAUGGUCAUAACACAAGAUCCCUACCAAGACAUUUCAAAUUAUCCGCUCACUCACCAGGCGCAGCUCUCGGCUACUACGAUUAUACCAAAGAUAAACUUCUGGUCACAAAGUCUAUCUCACUACUGUGCCAGCAGCCGUACCUCCACGCCGCUCGUACCUUUCUCACCAAUCUUUACAAAUGCGUCCCAAGACAUCCGGGUCCUGGUCUUAGCUUAGAGUCUUAUGUAUACAAUCUUCUUUAUAAUGUACCAAUACCUCUUCCUGGUAAAUCUCUCAAGUUUUUUGUACCAAACGACGAGCCAGCUAAGGUGCCGCUAGAGCUCGUCAUACAUCAGCCAACUUUGCCAGAAGAGUUGCCAAUGCUUGACUAUCCGCUCAAGGAUGUAUUUUCGUGGCUUGGAGUCGACUGCGUAAUACAACUGUUCACUUGUUUGUUAUUGGAGAAUCAAGUACUAUUGAGAAGUGCUGAUUUUCAGAAACUCAUGGUUGUCUCGGAGUGCAUUACUGCCCUUCUGUUCCCAUUCUCUUGGCAGCAUGUGUACGUACCAAUAUUGCCGGCUAGUUUACACCACUUUCUAGACGCUCCGGUACCUUUCGUCAUGGGGUUACAUGCUCAAAGUGAAGGAGGCAAUUUGAAAAUUGCUAGUGAAGCAAAUCUGUGUUACGUAGAUAUAGACAAACAAAGUAUCCAAUUACCCGAAGAGUUACCGGUGUUUCCUCACAGGUUGCAAUUCAUUACUGAAAUUAGAGAUUUACUAAAUAAAUUCAAAGUGCCACAUCCCGAUAAGACUGACAAUAUGGCCAUCAAUUAUUUUAACGGAGAUAUCAUGACCAGUAGCUUGACUCUUCCUGGGUCAGGAUUUCACCAUCCUAGAAGAAAACAUUCUUUGCACGACGUUUUGGAUUGGGACAGGCCAGACCCUGAACCACACUCCGAAACGUUGCAAAGAAUAGUUGACAUUGUCAAGAGGACAGGAGUAAACUUGGGUGAUAUUGACUCUGUCGACAAAACGACGAAAGAAAAGAUACUCACUGCACAAGAAGAGUACCACGAUACUCUCAUCUUCAAUAAUGCUCUGAGAGAAAUAUUUCUGAAUCGUUUCGUACAGAUAUUCUCAAGCUAUGAACAUUUCGUCAUUCAACCAAGCCAGGACAAAGAAGAAUGGUUGUGCAACAGAGACAGUAUGCAUGUCUUUGACAAGGCUACGUUUUUGUCUGAUCAGCCUGCCCAGCAUUUGCCCUUUCUUUCACGAUUUUUGGAAUCUCAGAUGUUUGCGUCGCUUGUCGAUAAUAAAGUUUUAGCUGCUUGGAGCGAGUUGGAUCCUAACAUCAGAGUCUUUGAUCAAAGAAUAUCCCAACUAAAGCAAAAAGUUGGUGAGGGAAUAGUGAGAUCGCCUUGCUAUGAGGCCUGCCAAGCUGUAACUGCGACGCAGAAACUCCUUGAACAACGACUGAACAACGUCGAGUUGGAGGCUGUUCCACCGACCGAAAUUCUUCCUCACAGAGCAGCUUACUUUCGAAGUUUUCCACUCCUCGACGGUGUCGCCUUGAAUAAAGAACCAACGCAGAGUCUACUUCGCAGUCGGAGGGGCCAAAAACAAUGGAAGUAUAAAAUGAAAAUGAUUGAAGCAAGUGGAAAGCUACAAACUCCGCAAGAAUCUCAGUCCCCCCGACCACAAACUAAGUUUUCCACUGACAUGAGCCCAGCACUGAUUGCACAAGCCAAUUGGACUUUUGUGGAAAAAUUGCUCAAGGACUGUAAGUCCAAAACGAAACGAAUGCUGGUAGAGAAAAUGGGUUCUGAAGCAGUAGCACUUGGUCACGGUGGUGAAUUCCUUUCGGAUGUUGAAGAAAAUACUCUGGUUGCCAGCCUCUGCGACCUUUUGGAACGCGUAUGGAGUCACGGGCUGCAAAACAAGCAAGGAAAAAGUGCUCUCUGGUCACAUCUGACCACUUAUCAAGAACUAGAUGAGUGUAAUGAUGCGACGAAAAGUAUAGACCCCAAUUUUUUAACUCCAGAUAUAGUUGAGAAAUCAUCGAAUAAGUUUUUUGGGUUCCCGGAUCUCUUGGUUUCAUCAAUUAAGAGCAGUAACAUAUUUGAAAUUGCUUCAUAUCUGAAGGAGAACUUUAAUGAUUUAUCUAACUUGGCACUAGAAACAGAAGUUUCUCCAACAAGAGGAAGAGAGAGGCACAAAUCUUCUGGGGAACGAAAAUCCGUUGGUCCAGAGCAUUUAAGACCUUUGCCAGACUCUUUGAUCUUCGAUAUAAGAAAUGUCCAAGCAAUGACAGACAUUAAAACUCACAUCGGUUAUGCUAGAGCAUGGGUCCGUCUUGCAUUGGAAAAGAAAUUGCUGUCGAGGCAUUUGAAGACUUUGCUAUCAGACACGGCAUUAGUCAGGAGUCAAUACAAACGUUCGGCCUUUUUACGAUGUGAAGAAGAAAAGGAGCAGUUCCUGUAUCAUCUCUUGACACUGAAUGCUGUCGAUUACUUCUGCUUUACAAAUAAUUAUCCGACAACAAAAUUGCCAUACCGAGUGGUAAUAUUUCCUAGUAGGAAAGCCAGCGCUGCUACAACGACAGCUAAUAGCUGGGUUGCUAUAUCCGGUACCUUGUGCGAGACGAAUCCUGUUUCCAUCCCAAAGGGUGCAUUAGAAUUCGUCUUUCAUCACAGAAACUUGGGGGUACUAUCGACGUUAAGGAUAGGCCACGAUAACACAGGACUCUCUCCAAAGUGGAUGGUUGAACACAUAGUCGUUCGUAAUGAGGUAACUGGACACACGUUCAAAUUUCCUUGCGGUCGAUGGCUGGGUAAAGGAAUAGAUGAUGGAUCCACUGAAAGAUUACUGGUCGGAGCUUUGGUGCCCAAGAGUAUCGACAAUGAAGAACUUGUCGAAUCUUGUUCUACUCCACCCAGAUGCCGUUCACCUAGCAUUCCGAGAAGAAUAACGCUGACACAUAUUGAACUGCAGCAUAUGCUUGGAGAGGCAGUUAAUGCUAUCGUCAAAUUUCACUACAGAAGAGAACCUCAAGAUGGUUCAUUAACUGCACUGCUGUGUGGGGAGAGCGGCCUUGUUCCUUCUCUUGAGCAAACGUUUCUAUUUGGAUUUAAGAGCCAAAGAUUGUUUGGGAAAAAUCUUUACGUUUGGGAUUACUUCGUGCGGGUGAAGGAAAAUUUUGAAAUUUCUCUACUCGAGGAAAUGGAUGAAUAUUCACAAAGGCUUAGUAGAGACAGAAGGGCUCUGACAGAGAAUAAUCAACGGUUUAACAUUUUAAGAAGCUACUGUCACCUUAUCGAUCAAAUAAACACAUGUAGUCAAGCUUUGGGCAAAGAUGGAAAGUUUCAGUUAUUCAUCUGUCUGGGAGCUAGAGAACAUCUUCUGCAUCGCAUGUUGAGUCCGAUGAGCGAAGCAAGGUCAACAGUAGACAUGUAUGAGGAAAUAUCUUUCUUGAGGAGUCCUCAGCUGCUCACUUUCCUCAUCCAGAUACUGGAACCAUUAGACGAGUUUCACAUUGUUCUCGAGAAAAGCCUGACUCAAGGGAUUUCGAGUAUCUGCUAAUCGUGCAUUUCACAUUCCAUGUUCAAAGAGAGUGAGCAUAACGUGUUUGUGUUAUAGUGGUAUAUACAUACUUUGUGUUAUUCUCGAAAACUUAGAAGAUACUGGGAUUGUUGAGAAUUGAUUUCCGAAAAGCGUGUGAAAAAUGGAAUAAGAUUUUAGAUCAUUAUUUAUUUAUUAUUUAAAUCGUAAGGCAUGAUUGGAAUUCUAUAUUUUAGACAACCUUUACUUUUAAUAUGAUGAGAAACUUGAAUCGAUGAUCGCGUAGCAUUGGUUUUUCUUUCACUCAUUUUUAUAAGACAAUAUUAUUUCAUUUCACGGAAUAAUAAGAGAAAGGAAGAAUUCUGUUCUCCUAUUUUACCUGAUUUUACUUGCCGUGAUGAUUGACAUAAAUGCCGAAGACAAUGUGUUAGGUGAUAUUUGUAGGUAAAUAAAAUGUUAGUUAGUAUGUAACCGAUCCCAUGUACCAAAGAUGUUAUUAUUGUUACUACGUUCGUCAAGAUUGUGAUGACAUGCCACAAAAUCUACACAUGACAUUAGUCUUAGGGUCUUUUAGAUAUAGUUUUGUUCUCUAUAUUUUUUUUCUCACUCUUUGUUAGCGUGUGUACAUAGUAGGUAGGAAAUUAAUAUACAUACUGCAGAUUCGGAUAUUCUCAUAUUAUGACGACGGGUUUUUUGCAUUCAAAUGUCUGCGUUUUUUUCUACACACUUUGACAAUGAUCAAAAGUAAUACUUCAAAUAGUCGAAUUAACGUUGUUGAUCACAUAAAAUAUCAUCGCAUCUUCACGGACAUGUAUUAUUGGCAGUCAAUAACCUGUAUGGAAGAAACUCAAUGAUAGAUAAAUUUUACAAGCAAUAAUUAGUUAUUAUGAUCUUAAUUCAAAACCGACUGGCUACUACUUUACUCGUAAUCAAAUAAAUUUGUCAGUUUACCAUAGAACCUGUAUAGAUAAUUAUGAUCUGUAUAUUCCUCAUGACUUUUUAUUUUUCUGUAUUGUAACAGAUAUACUUAGAAGUCAGUGGUGUCAGUUUUAUAAAUACUCCAAUUUUUUUAUGUGAGUUUCUACAUUGAAUAAUCAAUUACAGUCUAACAAUGAGGCGUAAUCGAAAGCACAAUAAAAUUAGAGCGAAAGUAUCAAUUGCAAACGCGGUGAUAUAUUCAUAUAGAUAGUUUAAUUUCUUUGUAUAUGCAGAGCACAUAUUAUUCGAAGAGUCCCUGAUUAAAGCCUUAAUAAGAUAUCAAAUAAUACUAUGGAAUGGGAAUCAAAAGUAAGAUGGAAGAACGUACACGAAGAAAAACUUAGAACAAAAAAAAAGAGAAAUAGCAAAUUAUACUCGUAAGAGGAUAGAACUGUCGUGAUUUAUCGUGAUCUGUCGUGAUACUUGAUCUAUAGCAUCGUGCAAUAUCUUAUUGGGAUUCUCAAACAAGUUGUACACCCCCGUGUUAUGUACCCCUAGCAGUAAUGCGCUGCAAUAUUGUAUUGCUAAAAGACUUCAAUUAGAAUACGCAUACGAAUCAAUCUGACAAUUGAGAAAUUACCGUUUCACUAUCAUGCAUUCACAUCGAGUUUGGCUUUACGUAACUCCGAUAUAUACCUGCAUCGCAAGACGGUCAAAUUCAUUCAAAUUUCAAAAUAAAUUAUGGCGACAUUAUUAUCACAUACAACGUGUGAAGUUAGAUUGAUUGGUUAGAUUUAAUGGGAAUUGAAGUCGAUAAUGAAAGCAAGGCAGCAAUCUGCGGACUUGUUUUCUAUCCAUUUAAUGUUUGACCGUGUAGCAAAGACUGCCGAAGAUUUGUCAUAUCUUUCAAAUUAUCAAGAACGUGUCUUUUCGGUCCUGCCAACUAUGACAAUAAUAUUCUUGGUAACACAUAGAAUUGUGCUGCAAUAAUCCUAUGUACUAAUCAUCAGUUUAUGUAGUUUUGUUGAGCGUUAUCCUUGACAUGACUGUUCUGAGAGAUCGAUACUUCGUCAUAAUCUUUUGAAGUUCAUCAACAAAAACUUUAUACUAUUAGUUUGAAACCUGCUCUCGUCUAACUAUUAUCUACGUUAAAUCAGUAAAGCAAAACUGACUCCAUAGACUUAUGUUUUAUUGCCGUAUCAAUUAUCUUUGCGAAUUUCCCGGGGAUAGGGCUGGUAAUGAUGCAGCUCCUCCUAAGUUCUUGAAGCUGUUUUCUGAAAUUAUCACUGCUUGGUCACUUUAGCAAUCCUGUAAUAACACUGCUUAUUAUGAACAUCAUAGCCAUUAUAACUUACUUUUUCCACAUCAUUUGCAAACACAAAGGAUCUUGCUCGGAUCUAAAAUCGUGGAAGCAAGUUCAAUGCAGUCAUUAUGUAACGCAUAAUUUAUUGUAAAAACUGAGUAAAUACAGAUUUUGCAUAAUAUAUAAAGGACCAAAUCAACAAUACUUGACCAAUACGUACUCUUUUGUAAACAUAAUAAGUCUCGUUUGUUAAAACUUAUAGCUGAAUACACAAGGCAAAGUCUGAAUGGAGUCACACUUUAGAGAAAAACGUGUUUUAACUGUUAUAAGACGAAAGUUGAAGCGCCGGAAAUGCUUACAUCAAUGGCAUUUUAUUUAUUCAGAUUUUUAAGUUUCGUAACGACGUGAUCAUUUCAGCAUCAGUAUGCAUAAUAUCUCAGUUUCAGCACUAAAUGAUCGCACUCAUUUUCUGUUCAUAUGACCGCGUAUAUUGUAUGAUGAACGUCUAUGUGAUGCCUUUCACGCAUAGUUACUAGAUAAUAUUUGAGAUUAUUCUAUUUGAAACUUGUUUGUUCCUUACUCGAAACCUCGUGAUUGUUCUUGUACAUACAUCACUUCUGAUGGAAAUAGUGGCGAAGACAUAGUCUACGCAAAUCUUACGGAAAUUUAAAUGAUAUUUCUGUAUGUAUAUAAUGUAGCUUAAGAAGCAACUGUACAGUGAAAUAAAUGACUAUAAAUUACGACAAAA